AUGGCUUCCUUCACUUGCUCCGCCUCUGACCUCCACGCUCUCCUCGGAACCAACUCAAACUCCACCGCCGCUGCAGAAUACAUCUGCAACAACUUUAAUGCUGUUGCAAACAAGUUCAUAGACACAUCCUACGCCGUUGACAACACCUACCUUCUCUUCUCCGCUUACCUGGUUUUCGCCAUGCAACUCGGUUUCGCAAUGCUCUGCGCCGGUUCCGUUCGUGCUAAAAACACCAUGAAUAUUAUGUUAACAAACGUCCUCGACGCCGCAACCGGUGGUAUCUUUUUCUAUGUUUUCGGUUUUGCCCUAGCUUACGGUACACCUUCAAAUGGUUUCAUCGGUAAACAUUUCUUCGGUUUAAGCGGUUUUCCUUCUCAGUCUUUUGAUUACGGAUUCUUUCUGUAUCAAUGGGCUUUCGCAAUCGCUGCUGCAGGAAUCACUAGUGGCUCUAUUGCUGAGAGAACACAGUUUGUUUCUUAUUUGAUCUAUUCAUCUUUUUUAACUGGUUUGGUUUAUCCGAUUGUUGCUCAUUGGUUUUGGUCUUCUGAUGGUUGGGGUAGUCCUGUUAGAUCUGAGAAUCUCUUGUUUGGUUCUGGUGUUAUUGAUUUUGCUGGUUGUGGUGUUGUUCAUUUAGUUGGUGCUGUUGCUGGUUUUUGGGGUGCUUUCAUUGAAGGACCAAGAAUAGGUAGAUUCGAUCAUGAAGGUAGGGUUGUUUCCAUGAGAGGACAUAGUGGUACUUUAGUUGUUAUGGGAACGUUCUUGUUAUGGUUUGGUUGGUACGGUUUUAACCCUGGUUCUUUUCUUAACAUCUUGAAAAUAUACGGUGAAAGUGGUAAUUCAUAUGGUCAAUGGAGUGCUAUAGGAAGAACAGCAGUGACAACAACGUUAGCUGGAUGCACUGCAGCUUUGACAACAUUGUUUGGUAAACGCAUGCAAACCGGGCAUUGGAAUGUUACUGAUGUAUGCAAUGGUCUUCUCGGUGGUUUUGCUGCUAUAACCGCAGGUUGUUCUGUUGUCGAUCCAUGGGCUGCUGUUAUUUGUGGAUUCGUUGCUGCUUGGGUUUUGAUUGGAUGCAAUUUACUGGCUGAUAAGUUUCAUUACGAUGAUCCUCUUGAAGCUGCUCAACUUCACGGUGGUUGUGGAGCAUGGGGGAUUAUUUUCACUGCCUUGUUUGCUAAGAAACAGUAUGUUAUGGAAGUUUACGGCGGUUCGCCGGAUAGACCUUAUGGUUUGUUUUUGGGAGGUGGUGGAAGGUUGUUGGGUGCACAUUGUGUUCAGAUUGUGGCUAUUGUUGUUUGGGUUAGUGUUACUAUGGGAACACUGUUUUUUAUUCUCCAUAAGAUGAAAUUGCUUAGGACUUCAGCUGAAGAAGAAAUGGCUGGUUUGGAUUUAACUAGCCAUGGUGGAGUGGCUUAUGAGUAUCAUGAAGAACUUGAAUUACAUUCCAAGAAACGUGCUUUUGAGAUGUGA